UCAACAGCCAGUAGUUGAGCGGCCGACCCAUGCUGCGGGUGUGUGUGUUUCGGCGGUACCAACAAUCGAACAGUCUCCGUCCAAACACCAUCGACAACAGUUGGUGAAGACGUAGGUUUCUCUUAACUUCGUCCGAUAAAACAACAAUAGUUCGACCAAGUGAAAACCAGUAAAGUCAGUCGAAAGAAUCUAGGCAAUGGAAACAUCGUUUACCCUCAUACUACGAAUCGUCCUCCCAUGAUAAUCUCAAAGUGUCAAUCAAAAAUCAAAGAAGAAAAAAAAAAUUAGGAGAGACACAACUAGAAUUUACGAUGGAUUCCGAAUUGAUUGCAGUCUGCGUGGUGCAAAUCUUCGUCUUGGCUUUAGUGGUCGUGGCCAUCGUCGUCUACCUUCUGCGCCAUUUGAUGUGUCGUUCGCGCCUCGACGUCACUGGCCGGACGCUGGUCAUCACUGGAGCCGACUCGACACUUGGCUUCGACCUUGCUCGUCACUACGACCAGCUGGGCUUCCGAGUUUACGCUGGAUUUGAAAAUAUCGCUGGUGAAGCUGCCGUGCGCCUUCAAGCCGAAGCUUCCAGUCGGCUCCGCAUCAUUCCACUCGACGUCACGUGCACAUCGUCGUUGGCAUCGGCCGCUAAGUUGGUCAAGGAGCAGCUCCCGCCAUCGGAGAAAGGUCUGUGGGCAUUGAUCAACGCGGCGACCUACUGCGUCUGUGGAGAAUUAGAGUGGCAAACGCAGAAACACUGUGAACAGCAAUUCCGUGUCAACUAUGUCGGUGUGGUGGAUUCUGUCCGCAUUUUCUUGCCCCUUCUCAAAUCUGGAAGAGGACGUAUCAUCAACGUGGGUAGCCUGGCAGGCGGUCAUAACGAUCCGGAACCCGGCCUUUCUAUUUAUUCCGGCACUAAGCAUGCUGUGGAAGGCCUGUCGGAAGCCUUAAGAUUUGAAUUAGCGCGUGUCGGCGUGGAUGUCUCACUCGUCCAACCGGAUAGCUCGUUCCUUGAUAAAUGCCUGUUCGAUCAACACCACAAGAAAAUGAACGAAAUGUGGAACGAGAUGACCCCUGAGUUACGGUUGGCUAAUCAGGAAAUCUUUAUAGCUUACCAUGACCGUGUGGCCAAGUCAAAAUCUGAGGAGCUCGAUAUGGACGACAUGGAAACUGCCACCAGAGCCCAGGCACCCACCAUACCUGUUUACCUAUGCCGAUGUUUCGACGAUGCCCUCAUGGCCAAAUCACCUUCGGAUGUUUAUGCCGCUGUGCCGGGCUGCGCAACUCGUUUUCGUAUCAGUCUUCUGUUUUGCAUACCAUCUGGAUUGAGGCAGUACAUCGUACAGCGAAAGUACAAGCAUAACAUCGCUAACAUUCUAAAGGUGUAAGAUCCUUAGAAGUGAGGCGAUGAAGUUUCGGGCAAAAUCUAAUUUUGCUUGUACAGCAAAUGGCUCCCAAAAGAAGAAGAUUUUUUUUGUAUGUGACUGUACAAUAACAGAGGACUGGUUGUCCCGUUGAAUGAUGUUCAUUUCUUAAAAUGCGCUACAAAAUAUAUGUUAAAAAUUUGUAGCGCUUCUGGUGGAACCAGCUGUGAAAAAUGUGUAAACCUAAGACUGGCAAACAUAAUGUAAAGAAAUACGCUUUCUUGGUGACGAUAUUUUGACCGUUAUACAGUAUAUCUAAAAAUACAAUUAUUAUAAUAAGUA